ACAGGUGUGCUUGAGUUUUCCAUUAACCUGUGGUGUCGUCCGUCAGAGGUGACAAUGGUUACCCACAGAGACAGAGGCCUUCGCCACUUGAAGAACCCGUCGACGUCUCGAAAGUCCAUAAAAUCUUCUGUCCUGUCAGUAGCACUCUAUGUGAUCCUGUUGUUCACUCUGUCAAUAUUUGUUUUCAUACUGUACAGUAAGGAUAUUCUCGAUGAUGAGCACGCCAUGCCUCUACUUAGAGUUGAGAAGUCCGAAUCGAAGCAGCAAUUAGAGGUUCAACUUUGGGAAACACCUUCUAGCUACAGUUUACAUCCAUGCAUUGAACCAACUAAUAAAUAUAAAGUUGUGCUGGGUUGGGAUCGCUAUAUCACUGUCCGAAGUAAUGGAGGACUGAAUCAAAUGCGCACUGGGAUAGCCGAUAUGGUUGCUGUGGCACACAUAAUGAAUGCCACGUUGGUGAUUCCACAACUGGACAAGCGUUCUUUCUGGCAAGAUACAAGUACAUUUUCUGAUGUAUUUGAUGAACCUCAUUUCAUUAAACAUUUACAACAAGAUGUGAGGAUUGUGAAGGAGCUUCCUAAAGAACUCGAAUCUCUACCUCGAGCUAGGAAGCACUUCACCUCAUGGUCUGGUGUGGGCUACUACGAGGAAAUGAAACAAUUAUGGAAAGAUUAUCGGGUAAUUCAUGUUGCAAAAUCAGAUUCUAGACUCGCAAACAAUGACCUGCCUCUUGAUAUACAGAGAUUAAGAUGCCGUGCUCUGUAUCAUGCUCUUCGUUUUUCUCCUUCCAUCGAAAAUCUGGCAAAGAAGCUUGUGGGGCGACUGCGAUCACGUGCAGAACGAUACAUUGUGCUUCAUCUACGCUAUGAGAAAGAUAUGCUGUCAUUUACUGGAUGUACCUACGGCCUCAGUGAUGCAGAAUCAGAGGAGCUCAGAGUGAUGAGGGAGAAGACAAAUCAUUGGAAGAUUAAGAAUAUCAAUCCAAUAGAACAAAGAAUUGGCGGCCUCUGCCCUCUAACACCCAAAGAGGUUGGAAUAUUUCUUCAAGCUCUCCGAUACCCACCAUCUACCUUGAUAUAUAUUGCUGCUGGGGAAAUUUAUGGCGGUGACAGACAUCUCUCAGAGCUGACAUCUCGCUUUCCAAACGUAGUUUCCAAAGAAAUGCUUGCAACCGAAGAAGAACUAAAAACUUUUUCCCAUCAUGCAACCCAAUCCGCCGCCCUUGAUUAUAUAAUAUCGCUAGAGAGUGAUCUUUUUGUUCCAUCCCAUUCUGGGAACAUGGCAAUAGCAGUGGAAGGUCAUCGCAGAUUCUUAGGGCAUCGGAAAACGAUCACUCCAGACAGGCAACGACUGGUUGAACUAUUCGAUAAAUUGGAGGCUGGAACUCUUAACAUGUCAUCCUUUUCUCGUCUUGUUAGGCAACUGCAUAGAAAUAGGUCUGGAGCCCCACGGAGAAGACACGGUGCUCCUUCUGGAAUCAAGGGCCGCGCAAGAUUGAGACUCGAGGAACCAUUCUACCAAAACCCAUUCCCAGAAUGUAUAUGCAAAUCAUCAGAGUAGGCAGAGAGGUAUUUGGCAUUGCCCUUGUAUUUUUAGCCUUUUAAAUUUAGCAUAGAUUUAGAUUUUUUGUCUUUUUUUAUUAAAAAUUGGUGACACUUAUUAUUUUUACUUCUCAAAUGUUGAUAGUCGAUCUCAAAUUCAGAAUUAAAUAGGUGGGUUGUAAAAUUUGCUGCCCUUAGUUUAGUAGGAUGGAGAUGAAGGAAUGAAUUAUCAAACCUUUUUCUUUUCCUUUUU